AUGGGUUUGGGAGAAGAGACCGCCUGCGAGGAAAAGAGACCGGGGGUAGUAGAGGCGGAGGAUGGAGCAGAUGGCGAGAAAAGACUAGAGGUAGUAGAGGCGGAGGAUGGAGCAGAUGGCGGGAAAAGACUGAAGGUAGAAGCGGCGGAAGAUGGAGCAGACGUCGAGAAAAGACUGGAGGUAGAAAAGGCUGAGGAUGCGGCCGAUGAGGAGCCAAAGGUUGAGAGGCCGAAGAGAGAUGGGGAGGAACCGGCGGAGGAAGAAGCGCCUAGGGAGAAACCAGUGGCGGAAGAUGAGGCGGCGCCAGCGGCGGUGGGAGCGAAGGAGAAGGGGGAGGCGGAGGAGAGGGAGAAAGAGGAGGAAGCGGAAGAGACUGAGGAGAAAAAGGAGACGACGCUACGAUCUGGAGAGGAAGGAAGCAACGCUGCAGUGUAG